GCCAGCACCCACCCCAGCUCCCAGCCCAGCGAUGGCAUCUCCGCGGCCUGUGAGGACCUUGUCUUGGAUCCUGAUUCUGCUGGCUGUCCUGGCCCCAGGGGCUGCAGCUGACUUCAACAUCUCAAGCCUCUCUGGUCUGCUGUCCCCAGUGAUGACGGAAAGCCUGCUAGUUGCCUUGCCUCCGUGUCACCUCACAGGGGGCAACGCCACACUGACUGUCCGGAGAGCCAAUGACAGCAAAGUGGUGAGAUCUAGCUUCGUGGUGCCUCUGUGCCGCGGACGCAGGGAGCUGGUGAGCGUGGUGGACAGCGGGUCUGGCUUCACAGUCACCCAGCUCAGUGCAUACCAGGUGACAAACCUGGCACCAGGAACCAAAUACUACGUUUCCUACCUCGUGACAAAGGGGGCAUCCACCGAAUCCAGCAGAGAAAUCCCAAUGUCCACACUUCCUCGAAGGAAGGCAGAAUCCAUUGGGCUGGCGAUGGCCCGGACAGGGGGCAUGGUGGUCAUCACAGUGCUGCUCUCAGUCGCCAUGUUCCUGCUGGUUCUGGUCUUGAUCAUUGCCCUAGUACUGGGCGCCCGAAAGUGAGGAGGACAGCCCCGGGGAGCAGGCAGCAAGUCCAAGGCACUGUCCGUGCUCUCAGCCUGGGGCUCUGCGUCUGCUCGUGUCUCCACUGCUGAGAAGACGGCCUGCUCCCAGGCCACAGGCACCAGGCCUGGGAUCCUUCAGCCAUCCCCUCCCCUCCCUUCACUACAGCCCUUUCCUCCCUCCAUCCCCUCCUCAUCCCCUAAGGUGUCCCCUUGGCCCAACACUCCCUAUUCCUGCCCUUACCCCACUCCCGUCAGAAUUGGUUUUUCUCCCAUUUCACUUCUUUAACCACUCUACCCCUGACAGACAGGAAUUUUCCCCUCCCUCAUUGAAUUUAGUCCCUACAAUAAAGCCCGAUGC